AUGGUAGAUGACAUUAAAGCAACUUGGAAGACAACCGGGGUGUCAUUGUUAUCAGAUGGUUGGUCCGACAUGAGAAACCGAAGUUUGAUCAACUUUUUGGUCAACAAUCAAUAUGGAACUGUAUUUUUGAGGACUAUUGAUGCAUCAGAUUGCAUAAAAAAUGCUCAAAAAAUAUUUGAGUUGCUUGAUGAAGUUGUUGAAGAGAUCGGGGAAGAUAUUGUUGUUCAAGUGGUGACCGACAAUGCUAGUGCAUACAAAGCUGCUGGAGCAUUGUUAAUGGAGAAGAGAAAAAACUUGUAUUGGACCCCGUGUGCAGCUCACUGCAUCGAUUUAAUGCUUGAAAAAAUCGGUGAUUUGACUCAACAUAAAAAUGCUUUGCUUAAAGCAAGAAAGAUUAGCAAUUUCAUCUACAACCAUCAGUGGGUGUUAAGUUUAUCCCGGAAGAUUCUAAAGAAAGAUCUACUUCGACCGGCCGCCACGAGAUUCGCCACGGCUUUUCUGACUAUACAAAGCAUUUAUGAAUCGAAACAAAACUUACAACAAAUGUUUGUUUCAAACGAAUGGGGGGCAUCUUCUUGGGCUAAGAAACCCGAUGGUAGAGAGAUAAAAAAAAUAAUUAUGGAUGAAAGAAAUUUUUGGCCUAGUGUGGUUUAUUCCAUGAAAACCACAAUGCCACUUGUUCAAGUUUUAAGGCUCGUUGAUGGGGAGCAAACACCAGCAAUGGGAUUUAUUUACGGGGCGAUGGACGAAUGCAAAGAAAAAAUAGCAAAGAACUUGGAUAACAACCUCGCUUCUUAUAAAGAAAUUUGGGACAUUAUCGAUAAGAAAUGGGAGUUGCAAAUGCAUCGCUCGUGA